UCGCAGACACACAGGAGAAGAGGAGCCUCCUGCCGCUGCAGCCGCCCGCGACACGCUCCCCCGAGAUCUCCACCGCCCCGCCGCAGCAGAUCCCCCACCCCAGCGGGGCCUCCGCUCCGGAUCCCGGCGAUGGCGGGGACGGAGGCCUUCGAGGCCUACUUCCGCCGCGCGGAUUUGAACCAGGACGGCCGCAUCAGCGGCCAGGAGGCCGUCGCCUUCUUCCAGGGUGCCAGCCUACCGCAGCAAGUCCUCGCCCAGGUAUGGAUGCACGCCGAUAAGAACAAGACCGGCUUCCUCGGCCGGCCGGAGUUCUUCAACGCCCUGCGCCUCGUCACCGUGGCGCAGAGCGGGCGUCAGCUCACGCCCGACAUAGUGCAGUCGGCGCUGUAUGGCCCCGCUGCUGCUAGAAUUCCACCUCCCAAGAUAGCCGGUGGGCCAGCUACUCCGCAGAUGGGCGCGGCGGGUGCUCCCAGGCCCCAGGUAAAUGCUGCGGGGACGCCUGCUCCAGGGCAGUUUGGAGCUGUGCAGCCGCAGAUGAAUGCAGCUGGUGCGCCAAGACCUCAGGGAGGUGGUAUGUUGCCAGCUUCUACUCAAAUUGCCAGUUCGCAGCAGGGGAACGCCGGAGCUGUGCCGAGACCCCAAGGGGUCAAUUCUAUGAUGCCGGCUGCAAGUCAGGGUGGUGCUCUGCAACCAACUCAAUUCGCAGCGCCGAGGGGAAUGCAAUCGCAGCCACCUAGCAUGAGGCCACCUCAACCAGGAGCACCAGCAGCAUCACUUCAAGUUCAAGCACCUGGGAUUAAUCAAGUUCCACUAGGAGGAGGAAGCAUGGGAGGAACUGCUGGUUGGCAAGGAGGCCAUGUUGGUACAGUUGGAGGUGUCUCGCAAGCUACCCCAGGAGCAACUGCUCCACAAGCAGCACCAGGUGGAUAUGGUUUUGCAGUGUCCAGCACAAUGGGCAUGGCUCCUGGACAACAGGCACAAGCAAUUUCCUCUUCAUCAAUGCCACCGCAAAGCAACAGUGCUGUACCGGCUCAAGAUUCGAAAGCUUUGGUUCUGUCUGGAAAUGGUUCUGCCAGUGGCUUAGGAACAAGCAAUGACAUCUUCUCUGCUCUUACUCAGCCUAAGUCAAAUGUAUCAACACCUUCAUUUCCAACAAGCAUGGCUCCCAUCUCAUCUGGUUUUAUGUCCACACCAUCUGGCUCCCAGAACCUGUCGAAUCUAGCGCAGUUUGGUUCUCAGCAAGGUACUCCAACAGUGAGCUCUGGUGUCACUCAACCUAAACAGAUUCAUCCCACCACAAGGCCGACUGUUCCAGCACCAACUGUACCGGGUGUUUCUGCUGGGGUUUCUAAUUCGGCUUCUCAGUGGCCCAAAGUUACGCAGUCUGACAUCCAGAAGUACACUAAAGUCUUUGGGGAUGUUGAUAGGGACAGAGAUGGCAAAAUAACUGGCGCAGAAGCUCGCACUCUGUUCCUCAGUUGGAGGCUUCCAAGAGAGAUUCUGAAGCAAGUGUGGGACUUGUCCGACCAAGAUAAUGAUGGCAUGCUUUCUUUGAGAGAGUUUUGCAUUGCACUUUAUUUAAUGGAGAGACACCGAGCUGGAACUUCUUUGCCUCCAGCACUUCCUGACUCUCUUAAAUAUGAUGAGGUACUGUUGCGUGCAACAGGCUUGCCUUCAACGGCAUACAACGGCCCAUCAUGGCAACAAAAUCCAGGACUGCCGCACAAGGGCCCUGGAGCAGCUGGACCUGCUGCUGUCGUGCGGCCACCUUUGCCACCACAUUUGCAUGGACAGAUGGAUGGUGCUAACAGACCAGGGCAACCAAGAUCUCACAUGCCUGGUAUGGAUAACCAUGCAGCAGCUCAAGCAAAUAAAGAUGACAAAAGUGGACUGAACUCAGCUGCGCAGGAGGUAUCUGACGCUCCUAAGAAGGUUGAGGUGGAGAAGCAGGUCCUAGAUUCCAGAGAGAAACUAGAAUACUACCGCACAAAGAUGCAAGAUCUUGUUUUGUACAAAAGUCGGUGUGACAAUAGGCUGAAUGAGAUCACUGAAAGAGCAUCUUCUGAUAAACGUGAGGUGGAAUCAUUAGCUAAGAAAUAUGAAGAGAAGUACAAGCAAGUAGCAGAGUUAGCUUCCAAACUGGCUGUUGAAGAAGCUGCAUUUCGUGAUGUUCAGGAGAGGAAAGUUGAGCUGCAUGAUGCAUUAGUUAAAAUGGUACAAGGUGGAAGUGUUGAUGGUUUGCUUCAGGUUCGAGCUGAUCGAAUUCAAUACCAUUUGGAGGAGAUGGAAAAAGCUUUUAGUGAACGGUGCAAGCACUUUGGGCUGCAGUUCAAACCAUCUGCAUCAGUUGAGCUUCCUUCUGGAUGGGAACCUGGGAAGCAAGAGGGAGUGGUUGAAUGGGAUGAAGACUGGGACAAGUUUGAGGACGAAGGGUUUGGUCUUGUAAAGGACAAUGGUACAAUUGUUGAAAACACAGUUCCAUCUGAAAAUGUACAAGUACCAUCUCUUUGGAAUGAUAUGGAUGAGAUGUCCCCUGUUGCAUCUUCAAAUGGUCACAUCAAGGAUGGGAGACAUUACAGAGCUGGUGAUCAUGCAGCUGAGAGUGAGUUAGGAUAUGAUUUUGGCGAGGAGUCUGUAAGGAGCCCCAACAGUGCUGGAAGAAGUGCAUCAGGAAGUCCAUUUGCAUCUUCGAAUUUUGCGAUGCAUGACUCAUCUCCCAGCAAAAAAGAAACCUACAGUGACCAUGGUGGUUCUGAAUCCGUUUUUGGUGAUAAAUAUGCCGAUGAAACCUCCUGGAACUUUGAUGACCAAGAUACUGAAUCUGUUUGGGGAUCUAAUGCAAUGAACAAUGAGUCUGACCAUCAUGGAAGCACACACAACUCUUUCUUUGGGUCAGAUGACUUUGGUGUAACUCCUAUUAGUGUGGGCUCUCCAGGUGGUGCCAGUGUCUAUGGAAGGAAGAAAAGUUCAUUUUUUGAUGAUUCUGUUCCAAGUUCACCUGCAUACACAUCUGGAUUCUCACCAAAAUUCAGUGAAAGCCGUGAUGAUAGUUCCUCUUAUAACUUUGGAAAGUUCGAUUCCUUCAGAUCCCAGGAGAGUGGAUUCUUCCCUCAAGAAAGCCGCUUUUCCAGGUUUGACUCCAUAAACAGCUCCAAAGGUGAGAAUGUAACUGGGUUUGAUUCACCGAAAAGCUCAAGAAAUUUUGGUCGGUUUGAUUCUUUCGAUGAUGCUGAUCCAUUUGGUUCAAGUGGACCAUUCAAAGCGUCAGGAAGCAGGUCUCCACCCAAAUUCUGAUACGCCAGUGUACUAUCCUAAGAGUUAUCUUUACUGAAUUCAUUUGUCAAUACAAGGCCGGAUUCUUUUGAGGAAACUCCAACGCGUUGAUGCAGUGGACCCCUUUUUGAGCGGGAUGUUGGGCGUUCACCUUGUUUGCGUUUUUCCUGUCCAUUACACGGUACAAAGGGGACAGGUUUUGGUAUAUCCUCGUUUGUAUUUUGUAAAGUACAUCAAGUUCGCUUUUGUUCAUAGUUAUUAUAUCCCUGGAACAGCUGCUGAUUAUCUUCUGUUUGCCAUUUGUUUCUUUUGUACCAUACCCAAAUGUUAAAGUUGGGUUUCACUAAACUCCCAUCAUUUUAUAAGAAACUGAGGACGAUUUAGCACAGUUUGCG